AUGGAAGACUCACCACCGUCGCGCCAGGCUGUAGAAAGCGGACCCGAGGAAGACGACGGCACGACUAAACCGGGCUUGCCAUUUUCUAAGGCGAGAUGUAUUGCAUUGGUCGCAACGGUCACCGGCGCUAGCUUCUUGAACACUCUCUCGAUCCAGUCGGUUGUCAUUAUUCUACCAACAAUUGGCGAGGAUUUAAACAUUCCCGAAAGCAGAUUGCAAUGGAUUGUGUCCUCUUAUGCGCUCACGUUCGGAUGUUUCUUGCUCCUGUGGGGUCGCAUAGCGGACAUAUACGGCAAACGCUCCAUCUUCAUCUUGGGGAGUGCCUUCGUAGCAGUGACGAUGAUCAUUAAUCCAUUCAUACCAGAUGAAAUAGGAUUUAACCUGUUUCGGGGCUUACAGGGACUUGGCGCUGCCGCCAAUGUCCCUACAGCUAUUGGGAUCCUAGGCGUGACUUUUCCACCUGGCAAGGCGAAGAAUUAUGCUUUUAGCGCAUACGCUGCUGGCGCACCCCUUGGCAGCGUCUUUGGAAACCUGAUUAGUGGCUUCAUUGCCGCGUUUGCUAACUGGCGAUGGGUAUUCGGGGCCACCGGUGGACUCGCAAUUGCUGUCACGCUUGCGGGUAUAGUAUUCAUACCUCCGCCGCCACAACAUCUAACGACUAAGAAAUCCAGUUUCGCAUCGCUGAAAUCUGUAGAUUGGAUAGGUGGUGCACUCGUCACCGUUUCGAUCCUAGCAUUGCUGUUUGCCUUAACGGAAGGCAAUAUAGUCGGCUGGAAUACUAUCUGGAUCUACAUGCUAAUUGUUAUUUCCGUGUUGCUUCUUGGUAUCUUCGUCGCAUGGCAGUGGUAUCAAGAAAAGCAUAUGACAAGCAAGCCGCUCAUGAAGGUGUCUAUGUUCAAGAACGCUCGAUUUAGUGCCGCCAUGGUGAUAAUGGCUCUAUUCUUCGCUGCCUUCAACGAUCUCAUCGUCUCCGCCACAUUUAUCUUCCAGGACUACCAGGCCCUUGGUGCGUUGCAGACAACCUAUCGAUUUAUCCCAACCGGCGCCUCUGGGGUCAUCACCGCAUUCGUCGUGAGCCACCUCAUUUCACGAAUACCUACUUGGAUGCUGCUCCUUUUCGGUAAUCUAAGCGUGUCUGUGUCUUGCUUAUUAUUUUCGAUACCAAUUCCACCUGACACGUCUUACUUUGCGUACGGCUUUCCGGCUUUUAUCCUCUCGGUAAUUGGUGCUGAUAUUACUUGGCCAACCCUGACUUUGUUUACCUCAAAAUCCUUACCCCAGGACGACCAGGCGUUAGGAGGCGCACUUAUCAAUUCGAUGGGCCAAAUCGGAAGAGCUAUUGGGUUAGCCAUCACUACGGCUAUUCAAACUGCCGUUAUGGCAAGGGACAGGGGAGUUCCAGUAGAAGCCUCAGGCAAGAUCUUGCCCUGGGAACCCGCAUCUUUAGCCGGGCUAAGAGCUGGCAUUUGGUUCAACUUCGCACUCGCACUAUGCUGCGCAGUUGUUGUCACUGUGUAUUUCCGCGGCACUGGCAUUGUUGGCAAGAUUGAGAAGAAACCACCACAACCAGUGAGGAUGCUCCAACAAGGUUCAAUAGAUCAAGAUGCUACCCGCAGAUAG